CGUUAAAAAAAUUUACAAAUAGAGUAAUUGGUUCUAACAUGAGGCAGGCAAAAAGAGCAACACUCUUAUUUAAAAAUCAAUCCAGAUUAGCUGACCUGUACUCUCCGCAGGGUGAAAACACACCUCAUCUAACCAAGAUCUCAUCCGUUCAUCUCAACCAAAAAGAAACUAAUCUCCACCGUUGAUUCACCUUUCUUCCACUCGAAGUUACCAAAAAUAACCUUACUCGUCAUUGUCACAAAGACUCCAUGAACGAAAAAAAAAAGUCCUUUAGGGUUUCUUCAAAAAAAUCCAGAGGGAAAAAAAACAAAGACCAAUUCUCUCUCUCCUUCUUCUCUUUCCUUUCCAUGAUUUUGUUUAGAGAGAGAGAGAAGAGGAGAUAUUAUUAGCUUAAUAGAAUCGAUUUUUUCCUGGAAAAUUUCGACUUUUUCCCCUUCUUGUGGUGAUUAAAAGAAUUCGCUUCACCUCGUGAAUACCCAAUUCAUCCAAUUUCAAAUCUCUCUUAGGGAUUUGGUUCAGUUAACGUUGCUGAAUCCUUACUAUGUUUACCCUAAAAUUCUGAAAUUUUGGGAUACAAACAAAGCUAAUGGAUUUGGUGAGAUGUUGUGAUUGUGGAUGCGACUGCUCUCUUUCUCCAUCUUCAUGGAUUCGUUCUGUAAAGAGGAAACACGAAGAGCUCGUGAACGAGAAUCUCUUCCAUAUACCUGAGCUUGACUUGAAUUUGGACUUAUCUUCUUCAAACGCUAAAGUCCAAAUCGAGAAUGAAUGUGAGCUUCUACGUGAGACCGUUAGCUCACAGCUUGAAACGAUUCAAGAGCUUUACGCUGAGCUUGACGAGGAGCGUAACGCUGCUUCCACAGCUGCUAACGAGGCUAUGUCUAUGAUACUGAAGUUGCAGAGGGACAAAGCUGAGAUUCAGAUGGAGUUGAGGCAGUUUAAGCGGUUUGCUGAGGAGAAGAUGGAGCAUGAUCAGAAUGAGCUUUUGGCGUUGGAGGAUUUGGUUUAUAAGAGGGAGCAGACUAUUCAGGCUAUGACUUGUGAAGCUCAGGGUUAUAAGCAUAGGAUGUUGAGUUUUGGGGUUGAUGAGUCUGAGUUUGAUGGGGAGAGGAAUAUGCUUAGUCGUGACACGAGUGUGAUGGAGAAUGAGUUUGAGUAUGACCUUCAUGGGUUUGAGUAUCCUCCUCUUAAGUGCAGUUUGAAUGAGAAUUUAGAUCCCCUGGAGGGUGAUGGUGAUGUUGAGGAUGUUGAGAAGUAUGCAUUGACUACUGAUUCACCUCAUGGAAGAGAAGAUUUAAAGAGUUUGGAACAGAGGAUAAGUCAGAUGGAGAGGAUUCCUAGCUUUACUCCGGCUCAUGGUGAUGUAUCCAGAGGGAGAAAUUAUUUGGAGAAGAUGGUGGUUGGUCAGAGUCCUAGGCGUCAAGGACAUGAAAGGAGGGUCUCCACUGGUAGUUCAAGUUCACUUUUGGGGGCAAAUAGGGAUCAAAGACCUGAGUUUUCCGUUGAUUCUCCAAAGUCCAAUAACGGUAGCUUCAGGAAAAUGGAAAGUGACUUACCAGAGACAGGAGAUAAUGAGAUGGAUGAUAGAGUCUAUACCAUUGAUUCUGUCCAUCAAAGCGUAUCUCAGAGUGAUGCUUCUGAGGAGAAGUUCAAGGAUGACACAGCUGAUGAUUGCUAUGGAGAAAAUUUGAAUCAGCCUGAUCUUAGUGAUCCUGGUAUAACGAAGCUCUACAUGAGGCUUCAAGCACUAGAGGCUGAUAGGGAAUCAAUGAGACAGGCGAUUGUGUCAAUGAGGACUGAGAAAGCUCAAAUGGUUCUUUUGAAAGAAAUUGCACAACAUCUAUCAAAGGAUAUUAUUCCUGAACGGAGAUUGCCUCUGCAGAAAGCAUCUACUGUUGGAGCAUUCAGUUUCAUAUCUAUCUUUAAGUGGAUCACAUCUUUGGUUUUCUGGAGACAGAAGGCUCGUCGAAGCAAGUACAUGAACGGGAUGCAAGGGAGAAACAUGGGGUUGCAAAUGCUUCUAGAAAAGACUCCACGGAUACGUCAAUGGAGAUGUCUUUCAAGAACGCAAGUGUGAAACAUUAUUACAUUCUCCAACUCGGUGAGUCAGAAGCGCUUAAUGUGAAUACUGGGGAGACGGUAGUCCAUUACUCUCCAUCUUCAUUCAUGGUUGCUGAGAAGACAAAAAGAUGGUUUCUCUGUGUGCAGUUUCUUUAUUUCUUUUGCAUUUGCCAUAUUUCAUUUGUUGUUUGGUGGUUUGAAUGCAUAAUGUCUUGAAUGAGGUUUGAUUAUUGUCUAAAAGCAUCUCUUUAUACAGUAAGCUGUGUAUAAUUUUCCCACAUUCUUGUUUGGUUUUUUCUCAGACAAAGAAAACAAACUUCCGGUGAUCGGAACUUUGUGUUGUAUUUGAUUAUUGAAUGUACUCAAAGUUAUGAAUCUACCAUCC